AGUGAAAAGUGAAAGUGAAAGUAUGUGUUUGCGCGUCAGAUUACAGUAACACACUUGGAAAAGACAAAAGUAAGGAAGUGGAAUUUUCUUUCUCAAGGAACUGCAGUCUUAUAAAGGAGCAUCCAAAGAUCAUUGCAAUCUCAAAUAGUUGUGUAAGUGCCAAAAUGCCAGUGGAAUUCAGUGGAUGGGAGGCAUACUGUGAUAAAUCAAAGCACCUUAAACCAGGUCAAGAGCCCAAGAAGAGCCAUGGCUAUAUUAUGUACCAUGGGACACACAAAAGCAAUGCCCCAGUGAUCAUGUCAUCAGGGUUUCGGCCCUCUGCUGGGGGAACUCUGGGCCCUGGUGUCUACUGUAGUAGGAAUAUUAACAAAGCAAUGGGUUACCCAUUAUGUGCUCCUAAUGAUAGAGUCGUGUUAAAGCUGCGAGUGAGAGUGGGUAAAGUGAAGAAGAUUGAUGGGCAGAGCCUGAACCUGAAGACCACGUGGCAUCAGCAGGGAUAUGAUACAGCCUGGUUGCCUGCCUCUGCCUCUGGUGGUGUGGGACUUGAGGAGGAUUGUGUUUGGGACCCAAAGAGAAUUACUGUGAUUGGAAUAGCCCAUUGCACAGACUCCAGUACUAAGAGUUCUCUGGAGAGUCUCAUAAAGCAGGAAAGCCAAUCGCAGGACCCGAAUGUUAAAGAUCUGAAGCCAUGUAAAGGGUGUGGAAUGCAAACCGAGGAUAAACACACAAUGGAGAAAUGCUGGUCCUGUAAGGUAUCCAUAUGUCCCUUCAUGAAAAAUCAUGUUUGCCAAAAGAAAGGGAAGUAAUUAUUCCUGAGUACUUGAGAACUAGUUAAUUGAUAUUUAUACUUUAAUUGAAUAUAAUCUGUGACGUGAUGUUGAGAUGUGGUAAAGGCACUGUAAUUAACAAAUUUAAUGAAAUUCUGCUAAUCAUAUUACUAAAAGUAAAGACAUUGCAGUGCAUGUAAACCUUUGUUUUAAUUGGUCCAGAUUAAUAUGGUUAAAUUCAUUUUUACUC